AUGCGGCUUUGGUCUUUGGUCUGGCUGCUGGGAUGCAGAGCGGCUGCUUGGCAGAGCGACGAUUACUGGCUGGAUGAUGCCGUCGGGCUGGGGCGGCAAUUCGAUGGCAUCGGAGCCGUUAGCGGCGGCGGGGUGGGUGAACGGAGCCCACUGCGCGGGCUUGGAGUGGGUCGGACAAACUGUGCUCCGUUGGGGGUGGCGUUGGUGUUGGCCCGGAAGCGGGGAGGCUUUUCAGUUCUGACGGAAAUCUGCCCAGAAAGAACCUGCGAAUCUGAGGACCCUGAAGCUCAGGCUACCUCACGCCUUUUAGUGAAUUACCCAGAACCCUAUCGAUCUCAGAUUUUAGAUUAUCUUUUUAAGCCAAAUUUUGGUGCCUCAUUACAGCUCCUCAAAGUAGAGAUUGGUGGUGAUGCACAGUCUACAGAUGGCACUGAACCCUCCCAUAUGCAUUAUGAAAAUGAUGAAAAUUAUUUGCGUGGCUAUGAAUGGUGGCUGAUGAAAGAAGCUAAAAAGAGAAAUCCUUUCAUUAAAUUGAUUGGCUUGCCCUGGACUUUUCCAGGAUGGAUUGGAAGGGGUACGGGUUGGCCUUAUAAGUACCCAGAUGUCACUGCUUAUUAUAUUGUCUCCUGGAUUAUAGGUGUUAAAAAAUAUCAUGAUUUGGACAUUGAUUACAUUGGGAUUUGGAAUGAACGAUCUUUUAACAGCAAAUAUAUCAAGAUUUUAAGGUACUCUUUGGAUAAGCAAGACCUUCAGCGAGUGCAGAUCAUAGCCAGCGAUGACCUCUGGGAACCAAUAUCCUUUUACAUGCUCACUGAUUCUGAGCUCCAUGAAGCAGUCAGUAUUAUUGGGGCUCACUACCCAGGGACAGAAACAGUGAAAAAUGCUCAAUUAACUCUAAAGAAACUCUGGUCUUCUGAAGACUACAGUACUUUCAACAAUGAAGUUGGCGCUGGUUGCUGGGCUCGAAUCCUGAAUCAAAAUUAUGUAAAUGGGAACAUAACUGCCACUAUUGCUUGGAAUUUGGUGGCUAGUUACUAUGAAGAAUUACCCUUUGGAAGGUGUGGUUUAAUGACAGCACAAGAACCAUGGAGUGGGCAUUACUCUGUGAAUUCUCCCAUAUGGGCCACAGCACAUACAACACAGUUCACACAACCAGGCUGGUAUUACCUGAAAGUAGAUGGGCAUCUGGAAAAAGGUGGAAGCUUUGUGGCUCUGACUGAUGGGCUAGGCAAUCUGACCAUCAUCAUUGAAACAAUGACACAUAACCACUCAGAGUGCAUCAGGCCACCACUUCCUUCCUAUGUUGUGUCACCCCAAAAAGCAGUUUUCCACUUGAAAGGAUCCUUUAGCAAGUUGAAAUCUCUUCAGAUGUGGUAUUCCAAGCUCGAUUUUUCUACUGCCAACUCUACGUUAUUUCAGUCACUUGGCCCUAAAAAUAUCUCUGAAGGAAUAUUGAUGCUAAACUUGGGCUUGGAUGAGAUCUAUACUUUGACAACUCUAACAACUGGCCAUAAAAGUUCUUUCUCAGAACCUCCUCCAUCUCAACCUUUUCCAUCCAUUUACAAAGAUGAUUUCAAUAUCCGCAACCCACCUUUCAGUGAAGCACCAUACUUUACUGAUCAAACAGGAGUGUUUGAAUAUUUUAUUAAUGCUUCUGAUCCAGGGGAACAUGUCUUUACAUUCCGACAAGUGGUGACACAGAGACCUAUAACCUGGGCUAUUGAUGCAAAGAACACAAUCAGCAUUAUAGGCAGCUAUAAGUGGGUAAAUUUCGUAAUAAACUGUGAUAUUUAUAUAGAAUCAAAUAAAGGAGGAGCAUUCAUUGCAGGAAGAAUUAGCAAAGGUGGCAUAUAUGUUACAUUAGCCAAAGGAAUUUUCUUUUGGGUUUUUCCUGAUGGCACAUAUCGAGUCACAAGAGAUCUUGCUGGUGAUGAAAUCUUGAUGAAAGGGUUAUCUGGUGUGCGAGCAAACAGAUGGUAUACACUCACUUUGAUUCUCAAGAGAUCCAAUAUCUCUGGCAUGUUGAAUGGCUAUCCUCUGUGGGAGAACAUCACCACACACAGUCCAGAGAAUGGCUGGGCAGCUAUUGGGACCCAUUCUUUUGAACUGACACAAUUUGACAAUUUUCAUGUUGAGGCCAGCUGAUAUUUCCAUCAUACAUAGUCAAUUCUAAGUAUGCCUGGUCAAACCUUAAUUUAAUAGUAAAUUAUGCUACUGGAGAUUUUUGAUUGUUUCCUACUAAUAUUAAUAUAUAUUCAAUGUUCUUCUGGCUACAAAUUGUUCCUCUUCCUUCUUAAAAUCAGAUCUAUGUUAAUUUUUUUUGUGCAAGCUAUAAAUGGAAAUGUGACCCAGUCUUAUCUCUUUAAUUAAUAGCAAUUAAGCAGUUACAAUUAGGUAGAAUUUCUGCUUUCACUAUUUCUGGUGUGAAGUCCAUUUUUUUGGGGGGGGGGGAGGUAAAAUUCACUUUGCAAUCAGAUGGAAUGCCUCAUAUCUAUUAUGAAGCAGUGAAUUUCAGUGGAUUUAUAUGUCUUCUACCAGGACAUGAGAUUUUACUCCUAGUUUUCUAAUGUCUUAGUACACUUAUCUAAUUUUAAUGAAGA